AUGUGGUGGAAAUUCAUCGUAGAGGUGACGAAUGAGUACAAGAUCCUGCGGGGGAUGAUUUCCUACUCGGCGCUCUGGCCCGUCGGUUGCCUCAUUCAGCAGACGUUCGAGGGCAAGCGGCCGAAGAACUACGACUGGGAGCGGUGUCUGCGCUACAGCCUGUACGGCACGUUCGUGUCCGCCCCGAUGCUGUACUGCUGGAUGCGCUGCGCCAACAUCAUGUGGCCCCGGACGGACUUCCGGUCCUCGCUGGCCAAGGCGUUCACCGAGCAGGGCGCGUACGAUCCGUUCGCGAUCGUGCUGUUCUUCUACGGCAUGAGCAUCCUGGAGCGCCGUUCGCAGAGGGAAGCCGGCGACGAGGUGCGCUCCAAGUUCUGGGACACGUACAAGGUGGGGUUCUUCUACUGGCCGGUCGUACAGACGGUGAACUUUUCGCUGGUCCGGCCGAAGAACCAGAUCGUCAUCGCCGGGUUCUUCAGCCUCAUCUGGACGACGUUUCUGGCGUACGUGAAGACGAGUCACAAGCCGGUCGAGGAAGCGAUGUAG